UUUUCUCUCUCUCUUUUCCAGAUAUGCUCCUGUCUCUGGCAUCUCUCUCUCAUGCCCAGCAAAAUCACCAUGUGAGAGGGACUCACUGACAGGCCGAGAGAGAGAGAAAUCCCUAUCGCAGGAAAUCAGGGUACAGAGCUUCCCUGGCCGAAAGCUUCCAUACGAGGAGAGAGAACUUCAGCUCACAUCAAUCUCGCUGACAACUUAAGAGGAGUAUGCAACAGACAAUGACAGCGCUAAACUCAAGUGAACCUAAAACUUUCCUUUAACUUCAUAAAGAUCAGUGAGGAAACUUUUUUUGAAAGACUGUUUCAUAAGGUUCCAGAGCACAAUAUCCGAGAGGUUAAACCCUGAGGAAAUGAAAAGAAAAAUGAUGAAGAUUACCAUGUUUCUGUUGCAAACUCUCCUGUUCCUCGGAGCAGCUAGCUCCCUCGUCAUACACUCGAUGCCCUGGAGGGUGGCCUGUCCUUAUCAGUGUGUGUGUCAGAUCAAGCCCUGGUACUCGCCCCAGUCUGUCUACAAGGAGGCCCCGACGGUGGACUGCAACAACCUUCUGCUCACCUCUCUCCCCUCAUCACUGCCCAUCGACACCCAGACCCUCCGGCUGCAGAGCAACCUCAUCAGCUCCCUGGACCAGAGCGAGCUGGACGGCCUGGCUAACCUCACCGAGCUGGACCUCUCUCAGAACAGCUUCAGCACCACACGCCAGGUCCGGAUCACAGAGCUGCCGUCCCUCCUGAGCCUCCACCUGGAGGAGAACCAGCUGAGACACCUACCUGAUGCCGCGUUCUCGGGCCUUCCGGCUCUCCAGGAGCUGUACCUGAACCACAACCGCCUGAGGAGCAUCUCCCCCGGGGCCUUCAAGGGCCUGCGGAACCUGCUUAGGCUCCACCUGAACUCCAAUCAGCUGGUGGUGAUUGACAGGCGCUGGUUCCAUCACCUGCCCUUGCUGGAGGUUCUGAUGAUAGGGGGAAACCCGGUUGACACAAUACAGGACCUCAACUUCAAGCCUUUGGCCUCCCUGCGCAGCCUGGUUCUGGCGGGAAUGGGUUUACGCGAGCUAUCUGAGCGAUCCCUUGAGGGGCUGACCAACCUGGAGAGCAUCUCCUUCUACGACAACCUGCUGACAAAAGUGCCGAAGGAGGCCCUGCAGAAACUCCCAGAGUUGAAGUUCCUCGAUUUGAACAAGAACCCAAUCCAGCUGGUGCAGAAAGGAGACUUCCGGGACAUGCUUCACCUGAAGGAGCUGGGCUUGAACAACAUGGACGAGCUGGUUUCCAUUGAGCACUCCGCCAUGGAGAACCUUCCUGAGCUAACCAAACUGGAGAUCACCAACAACCCACGGCUCUCCUACAUCCACCCCAAGGCCUUCCAGCGCCUGUCCAGCAUGGAGAGUCUGAUGCUGAACAGCAACGCCCUGAGCGCCCUGCACCGCCAGACCGUCCUGUCCCUGCCCAACCUGCAGGAGAUCAGCCUGCACACCAACCCCAUCCGCUGCGACUGCCUCAUCCGCUGGAUGGGCGCAGACAACGACAAGCCAGUGCGCUUCAUCGAACCUCAAUCCACUUUCUGCUCGGAGCCGCCCGAGCUGAAGGCCCGGCGGGUCAAAGACGUGUCGUUCCGCGAGAUGGCGGACAGCUGCCUGCCGCUCAUAGCUCCCAGCACCUUCCCCACCUUCAUUCAGGUGAAGCACGGCGAGAACAUUGCCCUUCACUGCCGGGCCCUGGCAGAACCAGAACCGGGCAUCUACUGGGUCGUUCCCAAAGGGAUUCGGCUAUCGCCUUCAACCAGCUAUGGGCGGUACCAAGUUCUGACCGAGGGGACGCUGGAGAUUUUAGGGGUCACCUCGGAAGAGGCCGGGUUCUACACCUGUGUGGCCCAAAACCUGGUGGGGGCAGACACGAGGAGCCUGACGCUGAGGGUGGAGGGGACGCCGUGGACUCCAGUGGCAAACGCCAGGCAGAGCGAAGACAAGCUGGAGGUGCGAGAUGUGAACGAGCGCUUCGCUCUUCUCUCCUGGCAGGCGGGACGCAAUGUCCCCACCGCCUGGCUGUCGUGGCUGUCCAACAGCAGCCUGGAGGACACACGCCGGCACAGCCGACGCAUCCUAGCCGGCACCCGUGGCUUCAACCUCACCCGUCUCCAGCCUGGGACGCACUACAAGGUGUGCCUCCACACGGGCCCCAACGAGACCUCCUGCGUCCACCUCAGGACGAAAGAGCUCCCGGCCACGGGCGAAACUCCAGACCUGGCGCCCGCCGUCCUGCUCGCCGUGUCCGCUCUGCUUCUCCUGCUCGCGGCUAGGACCUGUCAGGGCGGAGCCUCGCUCGGCUGGAAGGACGAAGAGAUGGAGAAGCCGCACACACUGCUCCUAUCACAGGAGGCAAAGGUAUUCAAGGCUCCCAUUCUUUAUCCUCCACCUCUUGCCCAGAAGCAGCAGCAGGAGUUGCCUGACAAAGGCGGGAAGUCUUCUGAGGAGCCAAAGAGCAAAGAGCUCCUGAAGUGUCAACAGAGCCAGAUAGUUCAGGACCCGCCACAGGAGAAGUGCUGAGUGGGUAACAUCAAAGAUGAAGGAAUUAACAGCGACAAGAACACAAGCCUUGUGAAGCUUUCUACAGUUGCAGAACUAACAAUCAAACCCAAGUUGGAAUAACUUAAAACUACACAACUCACACCGUGAAAUAGAAACUGUACACACUCUAUAACAUUGUAAAAACUGAUUUAUUGGUAUUUAUACAAAUUGGUAUUUAUACAAGAGUAUACAUACAAUAUAUAUAUAUAUAUAUAUAUAUAUAUAUAUAUAUAUUGAAAACAUUCAUAAAUGUUUUCAGAUGUAUACAUCAUGAAAACAAAUGUUUCGGAGUCAUGAUGGAAAAAAAGGAACAAUGAACUCAACAGACUGUAUAAGAAAUGUCCAAACGUGUAAUAAUAUAUUUUUUCAUACAAAGAAAGAGAGUGAACUGACUUGACAGGUGGUUCACAUAAGAUGUGAAGUGGGUCAACCCAGCUGUCUCUAAAGAGACAAACACCUGAGUCUGGGGGGAGGGGGAGGACUUUCAGGUACCAACUGUUCAGGUAAAAAGGAAAGGUACUUUUCUAUUUUUUAAGACUACGGGGAGAGCAAUGAGAAGACUGCUGUUACUAAGGGGGCAGGAUGUCUAUGGAUGCAGUGAGAGCACACUGCUCACAGUUAAAUACUAGGCAACACAGAGGAAGCAGACACAACAGAGGAACAGUUCAUACAAUGAACAAUUCCACAUCAGCAUCUCCAUACAGGCAUGAGGCGCAAUGGACGACUCUUUCAGUUCUGUGGCAUCUGUGGUUUACGAUGACAAACGAGCGAAAAGAUCACCUGGAUGACGCAGGUGAUGAUCAAACUGUGAAUCACGAUGCCUGUGCGACACUCGUUUAGCGACAUGUGAUGUGUCCUGAAACGUGACGGAGAAAAGGGGGAAAAGUUCUGGAGGGAACAGGGAGAAAGCUUGAGGAAACUCUGUAGGGAGGGGAGGGGAGGGGUGGGGAGGGGUAUGGCACAAGAGCCUGUCCCCCUGCGGCAGAGACAAGGCAACAUUUGGUGCCGGUGGUGUAGAAGAAGGAUUGUGUGUCUGUCUUACUGUGAGAAACCGAUAGCGAGAUCUCACUCUCACGCAGUGAAAAUGCCACGGCAACAGCAGACGAGAGUGCCAUUUCCUCUUUGAAAAUUGAGAAACCUGCCAAUGACAUGACCUUUCUUUUCCUCCCGGUCAGAUUGCUGGGUGCAACCACCAAAUCUGUGUCCCAGCCAGACUGACUUUGAACUUGAAAAAGGGACGACAAAGUAGGUUGGAACACGGCGGAGGAGUAAGGGAAGACGUCUGAUGUAACAGACACGCAAAGCACCCAGGAGGCAGUGCUUCUACCUUCACUCCAGUUUCUUGAGCAUAGGGAGGCCAUUUUCUAAUGUAAUGUCAUUUUAUGGUAGCUCAGCUUCGUUUCUAUUUUUUUUUGUCUUUCUGUGACUGAUGUGUCCUUAUGUUUCAAUGAUCCCCUCUGACUGCCCUGUAACGACCUUUUUUGGAAACUGGUUCAUUUUAUGUUUUAUUUCUACCCCCAAGCUGUACAUAAAUCGAUCUGAAUUUCCUAUUCAAUGUACUGCUUCUCUUUCAGAGAUAAUUUAGAUGACUUAUGUGUUAAAUACUAUUUUCAGCUAUUAUUAAAACAUUUUGGACUGAUA